AUGACAGUAGAACAGACUGCAGAAGAAUUCUGGAAGAAUGAGGAGGCAUUUAUUGCCAGACUGUCAAGUGGAGAUGUGCCCGUCUCUGAAAUGUUUGCUAUAUGUGAUAAAGCCAUGGAAAUAUUUGUUGAAGAGCCAUUUUUGCUGGAUUUAUCAUCUGAGGUGGUAGUAGUUGGUGACAUUCAUGGCCAGUUUUUUGAUCUGUUGAACAUUUUAAAGAUAUCUUCAAAAAAAUAUCUUUUUUUAGGGGAUUUUGUGGACAGGGGGGCAAACUCUGUUGAAACUAUUAUACUUCUGUUUUAUAUGAAGACUCUGCAUCCAGAGAGUGUGCUGCUGCUUAGAGGGAACCAUGAAUCGCUAAAAACCUCUUCUUCAUAUGGAUUUAAGACUGAGUGCAUGCAGGCACACAGGUCAAAGCUAUUAUGGUAUAAGAUUUGUGAGGUAUUUAAUUAUCUUCCAAUAUGUGCUGUAAUAGACAAAAAGAUAUUUGCAGUGCAUGCAGGCAUUGGGCCCGAACUAAAUUUGGAAGAAGUUCAGGAUAUAUAUCGAGUGUGUGAUAUACCAAACUCGGGUGUUCUUGCUGAUCUUUUAUGGAGCGACCCCAAUGUAGAAACAGAAGAAUUUAUAGAAAGCACUCGAGGUGUAGGAUACUACUUUGGAGAGAAGCAAGUUGAUGUUUUUUUGAAGAGAACUGGAUUGGCGCAGAUUAUUAGGUCGCACCAGCUAGUAGACAAUGGAUACAAAGAAGAUUUUGGUGGGAAGGUUGUAACUAUAUGGAGCGCUCCAAACUACUGCUAUAGAUGCAUGAAUAAAGCAGCAGUUGCCCGUAUUAAAGAUGGAAAGAUUAUUGAGUAUAUUGAAAUACCAGAAGCAAAGCAGCAGAGGAAGGAAACAAAAAUACUCCCCUACUUUAUAUAAUAUAGAACAAG